UUGAGCAAGGAGAACUGAGUAUCAUGAAGAACCAUCGGUCUCUGAUCGCCUCCGCGGCCGCGAUGGCGCUGCUGUGCCUGGCUGUGGCCGAGCCCGUCCCUUAUGGCGGCGGACGGAAAGGCCACGGCGGGUCCGGGUCAGGCUUUGGCAGUGGAGGAGUCGGGGGUGGAGGAAGAGGCGCUGGUGGAUCAGGCUUCGGAAGUGGAGGAAGUGGCUCUAGUUCCUUAGGAUCAGGAUUCGGAAGUGGAGGACUGGGAUCCAGCACUGGUGGAUCAGGUUUUGGAAGUGGAGGAUCAGGCUUAGGAGGUGCUGGUAGUGGGUCUAGUGGAUUUGGAUCAGGCUCUGGGAGUGGAGGAUUAGGUGGAUCAGGAUUGGGUGGCAGCGGAGGCGGUGCUGGACAAGGUUACAGCGGCAGUGGAGUUGGUGGCAGUGGAGGCCUUGGAGGAGCUGGUGGAAGCCUUGGUGGUGGCAGUUUUGGGUCCACAGGUGGACUUGGUGGCAGUGGAGGCGUUGGUGGCAGCAGUGGAGUUGGUGGCAGCCAUGGAAGUGGUGGAAGCCUUGGAGGUGGCAGCAGUUUCGGUUCCAGUGGAGGUCUUGGAGGUAGUGGCAGUUUUGGCUCCACUGGUGGACUUGGUGGCAGUGGAGGACUUGGAGGCAGUGGUGGCUUCGGAGGCAGUGGCGGAGUUGGUGGCAGCAGUGGUGGCUUCGGAGGAGGCAGUGGCAGCGGCCUGGGUGGUUCUGCAGGAGCAAGCAAAGGCGGAAGCGGCCACCUUAGCACCAGUUACGGCGUACCUAAUUAGUAGAUGAAACGGGUAACUGACUCAACAGGGAAUGUUAUUGCUGCUUGUAUGUCGAUGUGCACAUCCACUUAUGUACAUGUGUGAACAUGAGCUAUAAUUUUCUGACAACAAUAAAAUGUUGAUGUGUGA